AUGAUAAAUUUUUCAAAUACAUUAGUAAUUUUAAAUAACGAUGUACCAUGUGAACUACUGAAGAAAAAAUACUCCGAAUUGUUGAUACCAACAAUAAGUAUAUUAGAUUUCAAAAAGAAAAAAAUAUAUAAAAAAUAUAAUAACAUAUUUUUAUAUAGUUACCAGAAUUAUUCAUUUUUAUUGGAUUUGAACGACAACAUUUUGCUAAAAAUUCAAAAAUAUUUAAAUAAAAAUGGAAUAUUGGAUAUAAAUUUGUAUUUAAACGACAAAAAUAAUAAUAAUAAUAGUGGAACUAAUAAAAAAGACCAUUCCAAAAUUGAAGAUAUUAGCCAAAUUUUAAAAAAGCUCAGAAAAGAAUGCUUAUAUAAUGGCUAUAUUAAUAUUUCAACUGAACAAACAACGAGUGAAAAUGGGAUAGUAAUAAAUAUAAAAGCUGAAAAUCCAGAUUUCAACAAAAGCGAUGAUGACAAUAAUUUAGUUUCUAGUGAUGAAGAAAUAUAUGAAAAAUGUGAGGAUAAAAAAAAAGUUGUAAAUAGAGUUUGUGAUAAUUGUACAUGUGGAAAAAAAGAGAAGGCAAUGAAUUUGGAAAAAAUAAAAAUAAAUGACAAUGAGGUGGAAUAUAGUACUGAAAAUGUAGUUUCGUCCUGUGGAAAUUGUUAUUUAGGUGAUGCCUUUAGAUGUGGAUCAUGUCCUUAUAAAGGUCUUCCAGCAUUCCAACCCGGAGAGAAUGUAAAACUGAAUUUGAAUAAUGAACAGAACUGA